UUUAGUUGAGGAUUCAGGGGCAAAGCCUACACGACGUUUCCUUAACAUCAGUCAUUGCUCUGCAACAAUCUUUUAAAUAUAAACAGAACACAAAGACAAAAGUUGCUUUCGAUUUGCCGUUCAACUGAGGAGAAAAUAACUGAGGUGAGAUAAAUCACUCACCUUAAGAUAAACAUGUCGUUGAGUCAAAAAGAACGACACAAUUUAUGUUGCAAAAGGUGUGUAGCAAAGUAGGUAUUCUCUCUCUGGAGAGUGUUAUUCUGUUUUGGAUUGAAAUUUUAAACAUAUUUAAAAAUGAUACGUGAAUUUUUGGAAAACGAAGAUGAAAGUAGUAGUAGCACAGACAGUGAAUUUUUUUGUUUGUCUUCCGAAGAUACAGAUACAUCGUCGGAAUUAGUGGAAAGAAGGAAGUUGACACGAAUUACCAAUUUUGUUAAUAUAACAAAAAAAUAUGACAACAUGCAGUUUAAGGAGCAUUUUAGGUUGGAAAAAACAACAUGUAAUUUUGUUAUUGAUUUGUUAAACACUCGCAAUGUUUUGAGUUCAUAUAAAUGUGGCAGAGAAAAUAUAUCACCGGAAAAAGCCACUUAUAUGACACUUUGGUACCUAGCCAAUACAGAAACGUUCAGACAAAUUUCUGAUCGGUUUGGUGUUUCUAAGAGUUCUGCACAUGGAAUAAUAAUGAAAGUGGUAAAUUUUUUGGUUAACAAGAGUCAAAAUUACAUUUUUUGGCCAAGUGGUAGAAGGAAGCUAGAUAUAAUUAAAAAUUUUAAAGAAAAAUCGGGAAUUGAUGGAAUCAUUGGAGCCGUAGAUGGCUGUCAUAUACAAAUUAAAAAACCACAAACCAGACAUGCAUAUGUGUAUUAUAAUAGAAAUGGGUAUUACAGUAUAUUGUUGCAAGCUGUCUGUGAUUGUGAUAAAAGAUUUAUAGAUGUGUUUUGUGGAGAGGCUGGUUCCAUGCACGAUUCCAGAUUAUUGAAGAAAUCAUCGUUAUAUGAAAGGGGUAAUACGGAAAGACUAGAAGAUAACUUUUUAUUGGGAGAUUCAGCGUACCCUUCCUUAAAUUGGUUGGUUCCACCAUUUAAAGAUAAUGGAAAUUUAACGUUAAAUGAAAAAACAUUUAAUAAUCGCCAUUCAUCUACUCGUGUUGUUAUAGAACACGCAUUUGGUCUGUUGAAAGGCCGAUUCAGGAGACUGAAAUUUUUUGAAAAUUCAGAUAUUUUACUUAUUGUAAAAUGUGUUGUUGCAGCAACAGUUCUACAUAAUCUAUGCAUUAAUUUUGAAGAUAUAUUACCCUUAGAAUAUGAACCUCAUACAGAUGACAAUGAAGAACGUAACGAGCAACAGUUCAAUAAUUCUUCAAGAAGGGAACAAGUUUUUAGCAAAAUGUUUAUGACACAAUAAAACUAAUUA